AUGGCAUCCGAGACAUUUGACGGCCUUUGCCAACAAGUAUAUUCACAACUCUACAACAAACUCGAGAGAAAAGACGACCCCAACUUAAGGUUUGCGACGAAUGGAACAGCCGAGCGCAUACUUCAUAGCGAUUUGUUGUUGCGUUUGUUUCAAAGUCUACUCGUUGCAGAUUACACAGCUGUACAACAAUUCGGACUUACCGAGGAUGAGCUCGUUGAUAGGGUAGAUGAUCGAGAGCUUCAUAAUUUCCUUGCAGUUUUACUGUUUGCCUCGUGUGGUAUCGAGGCCGCGAGAAGAUUUACCAGGAAACUUGUAGCCCGGAAUGAAUGGCCUCUGAGAGGCAGAGCAACAGGAAAUGAGAUUCAUCUGUUGCCGGCAUCCCGAGAUGACCUCUUGCACCUAUUCAAGGACAGUGUUGUUGUCGAUAAAUUCUGCAGUUUGCAAGCAUGUUUCAGCACCGUGAUCAUUCAUAACAGACAGGAAGUCGUCGUCGAGAGUCUGACUUCGCAGCGCCUACCAUACCUAGAAGAGGAGGAGCUAGGCAGUGGCUCGUUUGGCAAAGUGUUCAAAGUAAAGAUAGCCAAGGGACAUUUCAAAGACACGCGACAUGGAACCUUGAAUGCUACGAUUAUGGACGUUGCCCGCAAGGAUUAUAUCACUACCACACAGUUUGACGGUGAAAAGGAGAGAAACAUGAUGGAAAGAAUACUCACAGGGUCUACUCGAAAAUGCGAGAAUAUCCUAGGAAACUAUGGAAGUCUGCGUAUAGGGACAAACGCAUACAGUCUGUUUAUGCCGUGUGCUAUUUGUGAUCUCAGUGAUUAUAUGACGAAACAUCAUCCUACCCGACCAAGUAGUGUGCAUGAAAAGGCACAAAUAGUUUUAUCGGCUAAAGGCCUUGCCGAGGGCUUGGACUUUCUUCAUAAUGAGAUGAAAGGGCCGGAUCAACAGGAUAUGGUGUGCUAUCACAUGGAUCUCAAGCCUUCCAAUAUCUUGAUCUUCCGCGAUACUGCCUAUGACGGUGGUACACGAUUUGUAUGGAAGUUGAGCGAUUUCGGCAUGGCACGAGUCAAAUAUCGAAGACGCGGGCAAACUGUUGAACGGGAAGAAAUGGAUUUCAAUAGCGCUUUCUUGCCACGUAUACAGCCAGAAACGGAACGGUCUCCAUCCGGGACUCGGAAUAGACGCGGAGAGGGCACAUAUCUACCUCCUGAAUCGUUGACAUCAACGCGAACUAUGACAACAGCCAGUGAUGUCUGGGCGUUGGGCUGUGUACUGAGCGUCGUCUUUGCUUAUUUGGAAGACGGCGGUGAGGGUGUUGAAAAUUAUCAACGGAGGAGACUUCGACAUGGAGAUUCGGAUGGAUACGAUCGAUUUUUCGUCCGUGGUAGAAGGUUCACCCCGAACAAAGACCAUCCAGAGGUGAACAAGACGCAUACCCGGCUUAUCAAACAGGCGGCUCAUCGACAAGCCGAAGAAAUGCAUGCAGUCCAAUUUAUGCUGAGAUAUUUGGAGCACAGGGUUCUGGUGCUGGAUCAUAGGAAACGAGACGGUGUUAAGACGGUUAAGGAGAAAUUAUCUCAAACGUACACCUAUUUCAAGACUAUGCCGCCUGUUGAGAAUCAUCCGGAAGAGCACCACACUUGGAUGAACAGAAUCCGUCAUAGAGGGAACUCUCCACUAUCUAAUUGGCAGGUUGAUUCAUGGCAACUGUCGGCGGCUGAAGGCUUAAAAGGCUGCGAAAUAUCGCCCAAGGGGGAUCUGGUUGCGUAUUGGAGUGACACCAAAAUCAGACUAUACAACGAGCUUUCCCUUCCGCCUCAGAUGAAUUUUGGAGAGCCGCCAGUCGUAUCACCAGCCGCUGAAUAUACUUUAAGCUUGACUGAUUGUAUUUGGAAGUCUAUCGCUUUGACAGAUAGGUUUUUGAUAGCUUCUACGACGGGUGCUGUUUUUCAGUGUUAUAUCUAUGAUCUGGUCUUUAUCCGUCAAUACCGGAUUACUUUACCGUUGCCGGAAAUCUGUCGACUUGCUAUUUCACCGGAUAGCAAGAUGCUGGUCUGUGUCAUGCAGAGCAAAGAAGAGGGACAGGAAUGCGGUUCGGUAUUCCUCGUUCCUAUUGAAGAGUUGAUAGAAGAGGCACCAAGACAGAUGACACCGUCGACUCAGGGGUCGUCUGAAAGUGAAGGCAGUUUAUCAAGACGAGGGCUGCCCCAUGACUCGACCACACUGAGACUCGACUGGUCUGCAAGUGAUAUUACCUAUAUAUCGUACCCGACAUAUGAUGAAGUAUAUUUGAUAGUGCAGCCGCAGAUUACAGCCCGAAGUCGCGAGAAUGAAAUCCCAAUCAUUCACUUAUCACUCAAAUCUAGACCAAGACUUUUGCAGACUGUUCUCGUCAGGUCGCAGGGACUCGACCCUGGUAACACAGUCGGUCUAUUUACUGCAUUCACAGCAUUCCGUCAACAACAAGCGAUGUGUGCGUUUAUAGCUCGAGAAAAACAGUUGUAUAUUCAGAACCUUGCGGAACCCGGAAGUAUUGCCGUUGAAAACACCAUCAAGAAUUACCGUGUCUUGAAGUUGGUGAUGGAUUGGAACGACAGAAAAAUAUUCGCCUUGGGCACACCCUCCGGUACCAAUCGAGUCUACCUACUGGAAAUGACUGUCCCGCAAUCCGAAGUGGACAAAGUUACUGUCACAGAACUCGUGUCUCUACCAGGUCUAUCGCAAGAUGACGAGUUUACGCAAGUUCUCUCGUCAAGCUUCUCCCAACACGGAGGGGAUUACAUUUUGGUAGCGGCGCUUACAAAUGCAAGUCGACGCUGGAUAUAUCGCAUUUCACUACCGGAUUCUUCAACGGCAGCUUAG